CAAAAGAGCAUAGCGCAUCGCAUACUGUCCCCCUCAUUUGCAUUGUUGCCUUACCAUGCAAAGACGCAAAACAAGGCUCAUUCGUCUUCCCUACGUGCUCACCGUUUCACGGCGCUAAGUUUACAUUUCAUUUAAGAAGAAAGGGAAGAAGAAGCACGGCGACGAUAUCAACAACUCAACGCCGCUUAGAGUGGACACAAAAUUUCUGAACCACCGUUGUAUCAGACAUUUAGCGUUGCCAAUUAAGUAACGGGUCAAGUUCAAAUCGAUAUGGCUACCGGAGAAGCGGUGAAACAGAGUGACAAGAAGGACCCACCUGCAGCAACAAACCUGGAAGCGCUGCAUGUUCAUAGGCUUCCACUUUCGGAGAAGAAAUACACGAUCCGGGAGCUGCGUCUGGAAGAGCUGCCUCAGCUGAUUGAGCUCUGGAAGAAGGUGGGCUUCAUGGUGAGCGAGUACUGCAUACGAUCGCUCUGGCAGUCAGAUCCCAGUGGGAUCUACGGUGCAGUCUCUGAUGGAGGCGAAAUCCUUGGGUCGUGCUGUAGCCCUUUCCUGGGUGAGAGCAUGGCCAAACUUUGUUUCCACGGCGUACGCCCAGAAUACCGUCUGCAGGGCUUGGGUACCCAGCUCUGCGACAAAGCUAUGGAACACGUUGGAGACUGCAAUGUCUUCACGUUGUGCAUACCUGAACAUGAACAUAUCUAUGUGAACCGGUACCAGCUUAACGUCAGCCCGAGGGUGUUCCAGAUUUUAGGCCCUGGUAUUCCACGCAUGCGCAGCGUCCUGUCUUCCGUACCUGGCAUCACACUGGUAGAGCUCACACCAGGUCUGAAGGAUGCCCUCAUGGAGUACGACAACGAAGUUUCCGGGUACAGCAGGUUCACAGCCCUGGAACACUUCGUACAAGAACCUGCCGCACUAGUUCGUGUUGCAUUGCGAGAUGACAACCAGAUCGCUGGCUUUGGCAUUAUCUCCGAAAGCAUCCACGGCCCAGCCAUCGUACGCACUAUUUGUGCCGAUGCUCCCGACAUUGCCGAGAUGAUUCUUGGCCACCUGUUCAAGCAUUUUGCUACGGUGUGGACGCACGGAGUUUGGAUGGUCAGCUGCAUUCAGACUUACGAGACGCACAAUGUUCUCAAGAAGUUCGGUCUCAAGUCCAUCCAUGAGAUGAAACUGCUGCGUCGCCGACCUGUCUUUGACAAUGACCUCGCCCGAGUCUACGCCGCGUACUGAUACGAAGGAAAUGUGAAGUCGCGGCUGGCAUUGUAUAAAUAAAGCUAUACACGUUCAUAUUGC